UGAUCCAAUCAGUGGGAAAUGUUACUGUAAACUUGGUUACUUCGGUGAAGAUUGCAAAAGUGGUUGUGUCCAAGGACGUUUUGGUACCGACUGUUCAGAGCUGUGCGAGUGCGCAAAUGGAGCAGUAUGCGAUAAGGAGACUGGAGCUUGCAUUUGUCCACCGGGUUUUAUUGGUACAAAAUGCGACACACCAUGUCCACAGGGUCGAUACGGAGAAAACUGCGAAAAAAUUUGCUCCUGCGAAAAUGGUGGCACCUGCGACCGCUUGUCUGGGCAGUGCAAGUGCGCCCCCGGAUUUACAGGGCUCACUUGUAAUCAAGUUUGCCCCGAAGGUCGUUGGGGCCCCGGAUGUAAGGAUAAGUGUCGGUGUGCCAACGGUGCCCAUUGCGAUCCAGCAACUGGAGAGUGCAAGUGUAAUCUCGGCUAUAUGGGAACUACCUGUGAACAAAGCUGCCCAUCUGGAAAGUAUGGCUUGAACUGCACGUUGGACUGCGAAUGUCAUGGAAGCGCCAGAUGUGACCCAGUCCAAGGAUGUUGCGAUUGCCCGCCUGGUCGCUACGGGACUAGGUGUCAAUUUGUUUGUCCAGUUGGUUUCUAUGGAUGGUACUGUAGUCAGUCAUGUUCCUGCCAAAAUGGUGCCUCUUGUGAGCCAGGAGAUGGCCAGUGCCUAUGUCCGCCAGGUUUUGAGGGCGAUCACGUGAGUAAAUUCGUUAGAGAUCCGCUUAUAGUUUUGCUCACAUAG